UUUCCCCAGUGAUACCUGAGGAAUCGCCGUGUGCUCGAGCGACGUCUUCAGAUCCCGAUAUUUCCAACAGCGGCAGCUAUAGUUUGGGUAGGAGGGGUCUUCGUUUGUUAUUCCUAACACUGGAACAAGGUGUCCAGGCUUGUUCUUUUCCGUGAUAUGCGCCAUGACAACUUCACGAGUCCACCCACCACCCACUACCAUAACGCGCAGGCCUCGUCGCUCCUCCCCACGCCAUGCCCAAAGUCACAUUUGCCUAGCUCACUCUUUCUUUAAGCGAAGCACGUAGCUGGACCCUGGAGAGGGAUAUGAUCCAUUGACGUCGACAACACGAGGGAUAUAGCUAUCCAUCAAGUCUGACAGGAGAGAAGAUAUAUCGACGAUCGAGUGCUUUGCUUCCAUUCCACCAUGGGUAAUUGCUUCGGCUCCUCCGAAGAUGCCGACGUGGAGGCUGUCAAGGCCAUGGACCAUCAUGCACAUGCCCGAGCAGCAAUGGCGAGACCCGGCAUGGUGGCGCCCCAGCCCAAUGCACACGCCGCAAUGAGCCCCGCGAGGCCGCCUCGCAACAAGCCCCCGAGCGGCGGCAGCGGCAGCGGAAGCAGGCGGCCGGUGGCUGGAGGCGAGCCCAGCCCGAGCACGGAGGGGAGGAUCCUGGAGACGCCCAACCUGCGGAUCUUCACGUUCGCGGAGCUCAAGGCCGCCACGAGGAACUUCAAGGCGGACACGCUCCUCGGGGAAGGCGGGUUCGGGCGGGUGUUCAAGGGCUGGGUCGACGAGAAGACCAUGAGCCCCGCCAGGAGCGGCUCCGGCAUGGCCGUCGCCGUCAAGAAGCUCAACCCGGAGAGCUUGCAGGGACUCCAAGAAUGGCAGACCGAGGUGAAUUUUCUAGGGAGGCUCGUGCAUCCGAAUCUGGUGAGGCUACUGGGGUACUGCUGGGAGGACAAGGAGCUCCUGCUCGUGUACGAGUACAUGGCCAAAGGCAACCUGGAGGAUCACCUCUUCAGAAGCGAGCCACGCAAAGGCGGAGGCGCGUUCCAGCCGCUGUCGUGGAGCCUCCGGCUGCGCGUGGCGAUCGGCGCGGCCCGUGGGCUGGCCUUCCUGCACUCGUCGGAGAAGCACGUCAUCUACAGAGACUUCAAGGCCUCCAACAUCCUCCUCGACACGCACUUCCACGCGAAGCUGUCCGACUUCGGCCUCGCCAAGGACGGCCCCGCCGGCGGCAGCAGCCACGUCACCACCCGUGUCAUGGGCACCUACGGCUACGCUGCCCCGGAGUACGUCGCCACAGGGCACCUGUACGUGAAGAGCGACGUGUACGGGUUCGGCGUGGUGCUCCUGGAGGUGCUGACGGGCCUGCGCGCGCUGGACACGGACCGGCCCAGCGGGCAGCACAACCUGGUGGACUGGGCCAAGCCGCACCUGGCGGACCGCCGCAAGCUGGCCCGGCUCAUGGACCCGCGCCUCGAGGGCCAGUACUCGUCCAGGGGCGCGCAGCGGGCGGCCCAGCUCACGCUGCGGUGCCUCGCCGCCGAGCACACCAACCGGCCCUCCAUGAAGGAGGUCGUCGCCGUGCUCCAGGAGAUCGAGUCCAUGUCGUCCAGGAGCUCCAGGCCGGACGGCUCAGUCGGCUCGGCGUCCCCGCGGCCCACGGCGCGGAGCGGCGGUCACGGCUACGGCGGCCAUUCGCCGCGGCCAGGGCCGGCGCCGGAAUGGGCCGGUGGCCACGGUAGCCAUCCGCCCCCUAGAGGAAGGUAGCGAGAGAUGACUGUUUUGCUGCAUUUGCCUUGGGAGUCGAGUUGAUCAGUUGCUCCGUGCUAAUGUUGUUGCCGCAUCGCUCUUCUGAGUUUUCUCUUCGGCAGAUCAUGUGGUUUUUGAUGUGUCACUGUCUCAUACAUGUAUAUCGAUGUGCAGUAAUCUCUAUGUGAGAUAUAAAAAGCAAAAUUUCUGGAUGCCAAAUGUUCUCCAGGA